UCUCCCUCGGCGGCGGCGGCGGCGGCAGCGGCGGGGACAGGACAAUGGAGGUGGCUGUGGAGAAAGCGGCCGUGGCAGCGGCGGCGGCGGCUGCGGCUGCGGCGGCGUCGGGGGCCCCGGCGGCCGCGGUCCCGAGCGGGGAGAAUGAGGCCGAGAGCCGGCAGGGCCCGGACUCGGAGCGCGGCGGGGAGGCGGCCCGCCUCAACCUGUUGGACACUUGCGCCGUCUGUCACCAGAACAUCCAGAGCCGGGCGCCCAAGCUGCUGCCCUGCCUGCACUCCUUCUGCCAGCGCUGCCUGCCCGCCCCCCAGCGCUACCUCAUGCUGCCCGCCCCGCUCCUGGGGGCCGCCGAGACGCCCCCCCCUCCCGCCGCCGCCCCCGCCGCGCCCCCAGGCUCCCCCAUCUCCGCCACCCCUCCCUACAGCACCCAAGUUGGGGUCAUUCGUUGUCCAGUUUGCAGCCAAGAAUGUGCAGAGAGACACAUUAUAGAUAAUUUUUUUGUAAAAGAUACUACAGAGGUACCCAGCAGUACAGUAGAAAAGUCUAAUCAGGUUUGCACAAGCUGUGAAGACAAUGCAGAAGCAAAUGGUUUUUGUGUAGAGUGUGUUGAAUGGCUCUGCAAGACUUGUAUCAGAGCUCAUCAGAGAGUAAAAUUCACAAAGGACCAUACUGUCAGACAGAAAGAGGAAGUAUCUCCAGGAAUUCUGACUCCUAUUGUCUCUACAGAAGCUGUUGGUGUGACCAGUCAGAGACCAGUAUUUUGCCCUUAUCACAAAAAGGAGCAGCUGAAGCUCUAUUGUGAGACCUGUGACAAACUGACAUGCCGAGACUGCCAGUUAUUAGAACAUAAGGAGCAUAGAUAUCAGUUUAUUGAAGAAGCUUUUCAGAAUCAAAAAGUGAUCAUAGAUACAUUAAUUACUAAGCUAAUGGAAAAAACAAAAUACAUAAAGUUUACUGGAAAUCAAAUUCAAAACAGAAUAAUUGAAGUAAAUCAAAAUCAAAAGCAGGUGGAACAGGACAUUAAAGUUGCUAUAUUUACCUUGAUGGUAGAAAUAAACAAAAAAGGGAAGGCUCUACUGCAUCAGCUAGAGAGCCUUGCAAAGGACCACCGCAUGAAACUUAUGCAGCAGCAGCAGGAAGUGGCGGGGCUUUCAAAACAGUUGGAACAUGUCAUGCAUUUUUCCAAAUGGGCAGUUUCAAGUGGCAGCAGCACAGCUCUGCUCUAUAGCAAACGCCUGAUCACAUAUCGAUUACGGCAUCUUCUUCGAGCCAGGUGUGAUGCUUCACCUGUGACCAAUAACACCAUUCAAUUUCACUGUGAUCCUAGCUUCUGGGCUCAAAAUAUUUUCAAUUUAGGUUCCUUAGUAAUCGAGGAUAAAGAGAGCCAGCCCCAUUUGCCUAAGCAGAAUCCUGUGGUGGAACAGAAUUCACAGCCACCAGGUGGUUUAUCUUCCAACCAAUUAUCCAAGUUUCCAACACAGAUCAGCCUAGCUCAAUUACGACUCCAACACAUGCAGCAACAGGUAAUGGCUCAGAGACAGCAGGUGCAACGGAGGCCAGCUCCUGUGGGGUUACCAAACCCUAGAAUGCAGGGGCCCAUCCAGCAGCCUUCCAUCUCUCAUCAGCAGCCACCUCCUCGCUUGAUAAAUUUUCAAAAUCAUAACCCCAAACCCAAUGGACCAGUUCUGUCUCCCCAUCCGCCUCAACUGAGAUAUCCUCCUAACCAGAAUAUACCACGGCAAGCAAUAAAACCCAAUCCACUACAGAUGGCAUUUUUGGCCCAACAAGCCAUAAAACAGUGGCAGAUUAGCAGUGGACCAGCAUCAACUGUUCCUUCAACUGCCAGUAGUACCACAUCUACUCCUUCUAGUCCUACCAUUACUAGCGCAGCUGGAUAUGAUGCUAAGUCUUUUGGACCACCUAUGAUUGACCUGAGUUCUCCAGUUGGGAGUUCCUAUAAUCUUCCUUCUCUUCCAGAUAUUGACUGUUCAACUACUCUUGUGCUGGAUAAUCUUGUGAGAAAAGAUGCUAGUGUAGAGCACAGCCAACCAAGACCUCCUUCAAACAGAACAGUCCAAUCACCAAAUUCAUCUGUACCAUCUCCAGGUCUCCCAGGACCUGUAACUAUGACUAGUGUACACCCACCAAUCCGCUCACCUAGUGCCUCCAGUGUUGGAAGCAGAGGAAGCUCUGGCUCUUCCAGCAAGCCAACAGGAGCUGAUUCUACACACAAAGUCCCAGUGGUUAUGUUGGAACCAAUAAGAAUCAAACAGGAAAAUAGUGGCCCGCAUGAGAAUUAUGAUUUUCCUAUUGUUGUAGUAAAGCAAGAAACAGAUGAAGAACCUAGAUCUCAAAAUACCAACUUUCCAAGAAGCAUACUUACCUCAUUGCUCUUGGACAGUAACCAUAACACCGCAUCUGAGGAGGCUGUUUUAAGAACAGACGCUCCUGAUAGCACAGGGGAUAGACCAGGACUUCACACAAGUCCUUCAAACGGAAAGUCUGGCUGGGGAGGUACCUCACAGAAGUCACCCCUUCAUGGUGGAGAAAGUAGAAAAGAAGAUGACCCCAAUGAAGAUUGGUGUGCAGUGUGUCAGAAUGGAGGGGAACUCCUUUGCUGUGAGAAAUGCCCUAAAGUGUUCCAUCUUACUUGUCAUGUGCCUACAUUGAUGAAUUUCCCAAGUGGAGAGUGGAUUUGUACGUUUUGUCGGGAUUUAUCCAAACCAGAAGUUGAAUAUGAUUGCGAUGAUCCCAGUUAUAACUCAGAAAAACGAAAAUCUGAAGGGCAUGUAGGAUUAACACCAAUUGAUCAAAGGAAGUGUGAACGACUACUUUUGUUCCUUUACUGCCAUGAAAUGAGCUUAGCUUUUCAAGAUCCAGUUCCUUCUACAGUGCCUGAUUAUUACAAAAUAAUUAAAAAUCCUAUGGACUUGUCUACCAUUAAGAAGAAACUCCAAGUGGAUUCUCCAGUGUAUACAAAGCCUGAAGAUUUUGUGGCUGAUUUCCGACUGAUUUUUGAAAAUUGUGCUGAAUUCAAUGAGCCUGAUUCUGAAGUAGCCAGUGCUGGUAUAAAACUUGAAAGCUAUUUUGAAGACCUUCUGAAAAACCUUUAUCCAGAGAAAAAAUUUCCAAAGCUGGAAUUCAAGAAUGAAACAGAGGAUACCAUAUUUAGUGAUGAUUCAGAUGAUGACUUUGUACAACCACGAAAAAAGCGUCUCAAAAGCAUUGAUGACCGCCAACUGUUUAAAUAAGUGGCGCAGUAGCAAGGACUGGUUUGAACUUUUUUUUUUAACCUUUUUAUUAGUGAUUAACAUAAUUGCAAGGAAAAGUCCAUGACCGCUCUGACUUGUAGGUUUGUGGAUGUUUAAUAGCUGUUGAUUUCCUUAAUAUUCCUUCCCCGCUCCACCUCUUCACACCCACCUCCAUUAAGGAAAGGGGGGAAAAAAAGCAUCAUUGAAGAUUGAGAUAGACCCUUCUCCUUCUUCAAAAUCAUAAAACAGCUUCUGAAAGGAUAGCUGCAUAAGUAUUCUAAAGAAAGGAGAAAGCCUUUAUUUAGACUUAAGGUUGAAAACUUAAGUGUGGUUUCAAAGUGUGAAUUAAUCCAUUUUCAGAAAAUGUGAUACCACUACCCGUUCUUACCAAAGGCUCGUGGCUGGCCAUUAUAAGUUUUUUCUACUGUACUUAACAGUAUGCCACGAAUAUGAUAUUAAAUGUCCUAGGAUACUGAUUGGUGCGAUUGAAGUGUAGGUAGAUGCCACUAAGGAAGUACCUGAUGGUCUGUCAUGUAAUAUGGAGAGUGUAUUAAAGAAAAAUCAGGAAAACAAAUGCUUGGAUUUAUUUUUUGGCUUGUCUGUGAAGAUGUUUUUAUGUAUCAGGUGUGUUUAGGCUACAAGCCAUUCAUUUCUGGAACUAGUGUCUUCUCUGUUACUGCCUCUAACAAAUUAACUACAGAUGUGACUUUUUUUUUUACUAUUGAUAAAAGCCCUCAUUCAUUACCACAUGGCUUUUGAUUGAGUUUUUUGAAAUGCAGCCAUUUGUGCUGUAUGUGAUGUGAAGUUGCUUCACCAUACACUUUUGGGCAUUAAUGAACUUUAAAAAAAAAAAAGAAUAAGUAGUUUCUGUGAUUCUCACUGUCUCGUGUUGUUUAGGAUGAAAAUGUGUUUUGGAGUAAAAGCUUUUAGUGGAAUUUUUGUUAGAUGUUCUCUGGAGCGUUUGCUGCCUUGGUUUUAAUAGUGUCAGAUCUCAAUAAUGUCAUUUUAAACACUUCUUUAUGGUUGAGCUUUGAUUGGAUUUCCCUUCCCAUCAGGCCUGAUAGAAACAAAAAGUUCUCUCCCGAUUUCAUAUUGGGCCAGGCUUAAAUCUGCUCAUACUUACUCCUUUUUGUUCAUUGUUUUCAAGGCUUGGGCAUAUUAUUAAAAGGGGAAAAAUGUAGAUUAGGGAAGAAGGAAUGAAAUAGCCUAGCUGUAAUUUUCUAAUGUAUUUGGUGAAAUGUUUGUUUUACACUGACAGAAAUUAGGUGAAAUUUUCUUUUGGUUGAGGUGUGGUAAUAAAACACCACAGCUGAAGUUAGAAGAAUUCUUAUAGCUUAUGCCACCUGUUCAAGGAUAAAAACCUGGCCAGGGCACUUCAAAAACAUUGCCAUUUGAUGAUAUUCUGAAGCUGAUUAGUUGAGUCUUAAGGUGCAGCUGAGGAUGACACACAGAGUAAAAUAACCAUAAGCAAUAGGUUCAUUCCCAUUUCCUGUACAGACAUAGUUCUUCUCCUAAAAUAUUAAUACUGAUUUCCAUGUCAAUUUUUAUAGGAUCUUUUAGAGGUCUUAAACCUGGAUCGUAGACUUAAAAAAGUAACUUAUGAGGUGUCUGUUAUGGUUUUGAGUAUCAUUGUGGACAAAUUGAGAAAAGCUAUUGUUAAUAGUUGACAUUUUUCAGCAGUGUCAGUCUAGGUUUGCAAUGACAUUAUUAGCACAAAAGCUCUCGAGCUGUUAUAAGUGUUUUGUCUGUUGGGCUACUAUUCUUGUCACAAUUUUGUACCCCAUAGACCUUCCCUACUCAUCCCUUGGGUUGGAAUAGAGCAGCAUAGCUAGACUCUUGUAAGGAGGGCAACCAAAGGGAUGUGAAGCUUGAGCAGGGGGAGAAUGUAAUUUUCCAAAUAAAACUGAGCCAGAAUUCCUGAAAGCGUGUACAUACAUACCUCUUACUGUGGUAUUCAGUGUCAUACCAUUUUAUUUUUUGUUUUUCAGUGCAAACUGUCAGGUUACCUGCUUUACCUCUGCUAUAUUUAAGCAUUUGAGAGAGAGAGAAAGCUCGUGUUCCUAUGGUUAAAGUGCUUUCCUCACAACAGUAGGUAGUCUUAAGUGUUAUUACUCCAAUUUUACAGAUGAUGAAACUGAAGAUGAAAGAGGUUAAUUUGUCCAAGGUUACAUGGCUAGUAAGUGUCUGAACUACAACUUAAAUCUGGAUUUUCUGAUCCAGUAUUUCUACUAUACCACACUGCCUCUGAGUGUCUCUUAUAAGGCCACCUGGAACAUUGAUUGUUUCAGUAUUACAUUGUGUGAGAUCAUCUCUGCGAUUUUCUGUAGCAUUUCUAAAUGCCCUAUAUAUCUUAAUUUCAGUGAAGCAUAUAAGCUCCUGCUACUAUGUGCUUGGGACUCAGGUUACAAAGUUAUAGUGAUACAGUCCUUAAAUUACCUCGUAUUGCCUGCUACCUUAUUAACAAGUCCCCCUGGUGCCUGGCUGUAUCCUAGUCAUAAUGUUCCUGUACCCUUUUGGCAGAGAACAUUAAGAGAACUCUAGUCUUGCCACAUCCCUAGGAUGAAGAAAGGGCUUGUUAAAAGUGUUCAUUGUGACUCAGGCUUCCCUGACCUAAACUUGUGAACUCCAGCUUCUACUUCUGUCUUGGAAACCCAUGAUGGCUUUCCCUUUGGAAUGGUUGCAGGAGUCAGAGAUGCAAAUCUCAGAACUUUAGUAGCCCCAUUUAUAAACCCUAUACUACCUUAGCCCUAGUAUCAUAGUUUUGGAAGACAGUAAAAAAUAGGCUGACCCAACCUCAUGAACAAUUAUUAUGGACCCCAAGCAUUGUACAACUUUGUAGCAGGGGAAGCCAGGUAUAUAAGCAGUGACUUACUGAUAAGACCACUUGGCCUAGUAUUCACAAGCUAUUUCUUUUCAGAGUUUUCUUAAAGCAGCAGAACUUUAAAUAUAGUAACUUAUAUUACUGAAUUUAAACUACUUCACAUCAGUAUUUGGUAAUGAAAUAUUCCUUAAAAAUUGGAUGGUGUUCUAUUUAUUUCCUUUCCUUGACUAAUUUGGAAUUAGGCCAUCCUUUAGAUCAUUUCUGAAGGGAGCAAGGGUUGCUAGUUUAUAGCACUUAAAUAAAUGCCAAGAAACAAACCUUCUCCCCUUGCUCUAUGAAUGGUACCCUCUUCUAACCUAAAGACUGUGUGGUGGUUGUACAACAGAAUCAAUAGAGUAUAACCUAUGAAUACUUUCAAAACAGAGUAUGAGGUUGGCCCCACAGUCAAAAGGGUGAGUAUUAACUACUCUGAUAAUGAAUUUCAAAGUCUUAUUUUAUCAGACAAGUUUGAACUUUCAAGUCAAAAUACCAUAAUGAAGGUAGUAGGACAGGGAAGUAGGGGAAGGGUCUUCCUUUUUCUAGGGCCUAGUCCACAAAUUAAUAUUAUGAAUUCAGAAAAAUAAGUUGCUGCAUGUGAUCAAAAGGUUUAUAGGUUGAAAUGGAAGGUUUAUUCAUUUUUUGUAUGUGUCCUGCAUUCAUUAUAAAUGAGAGAAAUAAAGUGAUCUGAUUGGCUGUUUGAAUUACAAGCAUCACCAUGAGUUCAACCACCCAAUUCUGUCUUAAAAAUUAACCCUUUAAAAUAACCAUGUAAAUAUUUUUUAAACAUUUUAUAACAUUGUGUAAAUUUAUAUUUAAUGUCUUUUUACAAACUGAUUGUACCUAGCCUUCAUCUUUGUAACACUGGGUGUGAAAUUAAUGGGCCGUAAUUCACAUACUGGUGGAUCUUGUUCCUGAGCAAUGCUAGCCAAUCAGAUUACAGAUUUCUUUCUUCAUGGAGGAAUCACUUACUUUAUUGUGAAGGACAUCUGAUACAGUAGUCUUUGUUACUGUUAUGUAUGGAAUGUUUUGUUUUUGGCAGACUGUGGUGCUUUGAUUUUAAUAAAAUAAACUUGAAUGAA